AUGCAUCUCUGGUUUCAAAGGUUUUAUUGCCUCACGCUUACUUCUGUCAACAGUCCUCGCGUAACUGAGGACUAUUAUGGUGUGUCUGACUGUGUGGGUCUGCAAAGGAAGCCGGGCUUCCAUUGUCCUUGGAUGUCCUACGUUAUCCUUAAGCCACGAUAUAUAGCCACGCGUCCUUUUUGCUGCCCUUUCUCCCCACACCAUCGCUUAACCUUCCGACGCACUCCGUCCCACAACCUCGGCCAGUAUCCGAAGUCCAUGGCCACAAGUAUUACAACGGUCGACGAUUGGAGACGUGUGGAGAAACCUGGCACAGUUCCUUAUCAAGUAUUCACAAAACCUAUCGUUAAAUCGGAACAGGAUGAUAGAGAUUACCGAAUCAUAAAGCUAGACAACGGAUUACAGGCCACGUUGGUUCAUGACGCUAAAGCAGACAAGGCUGCUGCCAGUUUGGAUGUUGCAGUUGGCCACCUCUACGACCCGGACGAUAUGCCGGGUCUCGCCCACUUUUGUGAGCAUCUGUUGUUCAUGGGAACCGAGAAAUUUCCGAAAGAGAAUGAAUACUCUGAGUAUCUUGCCAAAAAUAACGGAAGUUCAAACGCCUAUACCUCAACGUCAAAUACCAACUAUUAUUUUAAUGUUGCGACUUCAGCUCUGCCGGGCGCCUUGGAACGCUUCGCUGGAUUCUUCCACUGCCCUCUGUUCGCUCCGUCGUGUACGUCACGCGAGCUGAACGCGGUCGACUCAGAACACAAGAAAAACCAUCAAGCAGAUAUGUGGCGCAUAUUCCAAUUGAACAAGCAUCUUUCUCGUCCUGGGCAUGUGUGGUCUAAAUUCGGAAGUGGCAACCGUGACAGUCUGUCUAAGGCCGCCCGCGAACUCAAGGAACAGGGAAAAUUGGCUUCUCCUACUGUCAACGGCAAUCUCAGCACGACAGCAUCACCAGUUCCUUCUCGUGGGGUCUCUCCGGCACCUUCUAUUACCUCGACAAACAGUGAAACCGAGGCAGAUGGUGGGGCUGUCGGUCGCGAAACACGACGCCGACUCGUAGAAUGGUGGAGUAAGGAAUAUUGUGCGAAUCGCAUGAGACUCUGCAUAGUCGGAAAAGAAUCCUUGGAUGAAUUAUCCGACCUUGCGGCUACGCUCUUUUCGCCGAUUGCAAACCGCGGCCGUGAAGCUCUUCCAAUGCUCCACGAACACCCUUUCGGGCCGGCUGAGAAAGGCACGCUGGUAUCUGUACAAACAGUGAUGGCAUUCCAUGCCUUGGAAAUCUCCUUUCCUCUGGAGUAUCAGCCACCUUUCUGGAAACACAAACCUGUCAACUUCCUUUCGCAUUUUGUUGGGCAUGAAGGCCCGGGUUCACUGCAUUCGUACCUCAAGAACAAGCACUGGGUGACAUCUUUGAGUUGCGGGCCGCAAAAUCUCGCUCGAGGAUUUGCUAUGUUCAAGAUCACCAUACACCUGACACCUGAAGGUUUCGCCAAUUAUCGUUCAGUUGUCCUGGCGGCAUACAAGUACAUGGCGCUCUUCAGAGCAUCCACUGUCGAAGCCUUCCACCACCAAGAAUUGGUCAAAUUGUCUGCCAUCCGGUUCCGCUUUGCUGAGAAAAGACGCCCCGAUGACUAUGCCACAUGGAUAUCGGAACAUAUGGCAUGGCCUGUCUCUCGGGAGCUCAUACUUGCUGCGCCUCGGCUUACGUGGGCAUGGGAGAAUGACGAAGAUAAACAGGAAGGGGAAGCUAAGAUUGCAGAAUAUCUCAGCAAAUUCCGAGUAGGCGAAGGGCGUGUUGUCCUCAUGGCAAGAAAAGAUGACCACGUAAAGGUCCAUCCAAAUAUCCAAUGGGAGAAAGAGCCGUGGUAUGGAACGGAGUAUGCUGUGGAGAGAUUCGACGAGGACUUCGCAGCGCAAGCUGAUGGCCCAAACGACAUCCCCGAACUUUUCCUUCCUGGACCAAAUGAGUUUAUUCCAACUAACCUCGAAGUUGACAAGAAGGAUGGCAUCAUGCCGCAAAAGCGCCCUCACCUUAUCCGCGCGACCCCCCUCUCUACUUUGUGGCAUAAGAAAGAUGACAAGUUUUGGGUUCCUAAAGCUCAUGUUGUCAUUGAUUUGAGAAGUCCUCUGGCCAAUGCAUCUGCGCGUGCAUCUGUCCUCACUAGGCUAUACUCGGAGAUUGUGAAUGACUCCCUUACAGAGUUCUCUUAUGACGCCGAUCUCGCGGGCUUGUCGUAUAACUUCAGCCCUCACUCCACUGGCCUUUAUGUCACUAUGAAUGGAUACAACGAUAAGAUGGCGGUUCUUGUCAGUCAUGUCUUGGAGAAGGUCAGAGCUCUUGCAAUAGAUCCACAACGGCUUGCUGUUAUGAAGGAACAGACCCGUAGAGAAUGGGAAAAUUUCUUCCUCGGACAAUCUUAUUCGCUCUCUGACUAUUACGGGCGGUAUCUCAUGUCAGAACGUGCAUGGACCAUCAAUGAGAAGUUGAAAGAGCUCCUCUCAAUAUAUGCCGAAGAAGUCAAGGCGCACAUGGAACAAGUACUUUCCCAAGUGAAUCUACGGAUCCUGGUUGCUGGAAAUAUGUUUAAGGGUGAAGCUAUUAAAAUUGCGGAAAUGGCGGAAGAGGGACUUAAGCCAUCUCCGUUGAGCCCCUCUGAGUUGAAUGAACGGGCUCUCAUUCUUCCGCCAGGGUCCAACUUCGUAUGGUCGGCGUUGCUCCCAAAUCCUAAUCAGGCUAACUCGGCCUUGACGUACUUCACGUCCUAUGGCUCAGUUGUGGAUCAAAAAUUGCGUGUCACCUCGGCGCUUCUGACACAGAUACUGAGUGAACCCGCGUUCAAUGUCCUUCGAACGAGAGAGCAACUGGGCUACAUCGUCUCGUGCACAUCCUGGACGCUGCCAGGGGCUUCCGAACGAGGUCUCAGGAUUGUGGUUCAGAGCGAGAAGCGACCAGGCUAUCUGGAACACCGUGUUGAGACUUUCUUGGACGAGAUGAAAAUCAAGCUGGAGGAAAUGUCUGACGAAGAAUUUAACAGCCAAAAGGCUGGACUGGAGAAGAAGUGGCUCGAAGCGGAUAAAAACCUCGCGGAGGAGGUUGCCAAGUACGUUGUGCAUAUCAACAGCGGCCAAUGGGACUUCUUGAGGAAUGAAAAGGAUGCAAAUUUAUUGACGACCAUAACCAAAGACGACAUCCUUCGAUUAUUCCUUUCCAACGUCCACCCGUCCUCAGCAACUCGCUCCAAACUUUCCGUACACAUGAUCUCGCAGAAGCCCCGUCCCAAGCGAGUUAGCGCUGCCGCUGCGCAAGCAUUUGAAAUCCUUGUCCACCAGUCCUUCCCUGACAUCGACGCAACGGCAUGGAGAAGUGCUAUGGAAGGAGAUACCCCGAGCUUGAUCGAGUUCGGACAAUAUUGGAUGAAGACCCUCAAGUCCGACACAGGCAGGGAGUUGCUCUCUCAACUCCCUCAGUUGAUAGAAGAGUAUCCAGCAGCUGAGGAAGACGAAGAUCGUCGAAGACUAGAUGUCACCUACAUCGAAGAUAUGAAGGCCUUCAAAAACGGAUUAACAGUCUCUGUCGAUCCUGGACCCAUGGUGGAAUGGAAUGAUCUACCACAGCCGCGAUUCUGA